AACACUUUGUGGAGAUUCUGUAUGUUUCUUGUUGCUGCGUACCAAGGUGUGUUGAGACACUGCACAGCAACAAACAUAACUACGAAGACAGUUCCAGCGGCUGUCAGUCCACCAAUCAACGCUGGAAAAAGCUGCCCGGUCAACUGUUUGAGAGGAACCUGUACAUUUCUUGAUGAUCGAAGUAUUGACUGCACAGAUGGGUGUAACGAUGGGUACAUGGGGAAAAUGUGUAACGUCCCGUGCAGGAACAAAUGCUCAAAAUGUGAUCGAAAGAAUGACGGCGUCUGUAUCAAUUGUGAUCACGGAUACUUUGGUAAACAAUGUCACAAAUGCCCAAAUGCAUGUGGACGACAAGGAUGUCUUAGUGAUGGCAGCUGCAAGAAGGACUGUUUAGCCAUCCAUGUCUGUGGGGAUAAGUGUUUGCCUGGAUGUGAGAUAUGCAAUGAGACAUUAGGUCAAUGUCAGAAAUGUGCCUACACUCUCAUGGGAGAGAACUGUAAGACCUCCUGUUCCGACAAUUGCCACUCUGUUUGUCCAACACAGAACUGCACGUCUCCGUGUGAUAGGGACACGGGUCGAUGUUUACAUGGAUGUAAGCCUGGUUUCUGGGGAGAGCUAUGUGCAGAUCAAUGUAGCUCCAGAUGUCUAGACCAAAACUGUAAUCAAACAUCGGGACACUGUGUUAAAUGCAUAAAAGGCUACCAUGGUCCUAAAUGUCAUUUGCCAUGUGUAAACUGCAAGGACAGUGGCUGUCUUCAGUCAUCAGGCACAUGUAGGAAAUGUGAUGCUGGGUACUAUGGACACACCUGUAGACAAACCUGUUUCAACUGUUCCCCUAACGUCUGUGAUCGAAAGAAUGGACUUUGUAUGAACGUACCCAUGACAACUAUGACCACUAUUAUAGGUAUAUGUAAUAAUCUCUAUCGAAUGAAACCAGGUUUAAAGACUGUUAUUUGGAAUUCAAUAUUGUACACAUUUAGAAACCAGGAUCGUUACAUACUGAAUGGUAUGCUGGAAUUUUUGACUAUGCUUAAAGUAACUUAAUUAAGCACCCGUUGUAUUUUUGCAAUGAUAUGUUUCCAUCACUUAUAUUAAGUUUCUCGUGGUGACCACGAUAAAAAAACAUGAGUUUUUCUGACACAUAUGGUCCUUUGACUCAUACAAAACGACGAAAUGAUUGGUAUCCAUGUUGAUUUUAUUAUAAUUGCUUAUUUAAAAAAGCAACAACAAAAAAAACACUGAUUUUCAUGCAAAACCAUGUCUG